CUUCUUCUCUGUUCCAUUUUGUCUCAUUUCUAAUACUCUGCUAAUUUUCUUUACUAAUGGGAGCUCUAAUAACCUUGUUAUCCACCAUUAACAUACUUCUCCUUCUCUUUCUCUUUCUCAACUCAUCAACAUCAUCACUACCAAUUCCCACCAAAAAAACCUACAUUGUUCACAUGAAACAUCACCUUAAACCACCACAUUUUUCUACUCACCAAGAAUGGUACAAAACCCAUCUUUCUAAUCAAAACUCUCUUCUCUACACUUACAACAUGGUCUAUAACGGUUUUGCUGCAACUCUUUACCCUCAUGAAGUUGAAAUACUUCGUCAAUCUAAAACAGUCAUUAAUAUCUAUGAAGACACUUUCUACAUACCACAAACAACACGUACACCUGAAUUUCUUGGCCUUGACAAAACCAACUUUUUUGCUGGACGUACUUUACCAGAACUAAACAAUGCUGCUCAAGAUGUUAUUAUUGGAGUUCUUGAUAGUGGUGUUUGGCCUGAAAGUAACAGUUUUAAUGAUGUUGGAAUGUCCAGUGUGCCUUCUAGGUGGCGUGGGAAAUGUGAAAGGGGUCUUGAUUUUGACCCGGAUUUGCAUUGUAAUAGGAAACUUAUAGGUGCUGUGUAUUUUGCUGAAGGUUGUAAGGCUUCUGGUAGCUGUUCUAAGGAGGUAGAAUCGCCACGGGAUCAUAACGGUCAUGGCACACAUACCGCGAGCACGGCUGCAGGGUCCAUUGUGGCAAAUGCUAGUCUUUUUGGCUAUGCCAAAGGAACUGCUCGAGGGAUGGCACCGCAAGCCCGUUUAGCGAGCUACAAAGUGUGCUGGAAUGAAACUUGUGCGGGAUCUGAUAUUCUUGCUGCCUUCGACCGUGCUAUUAUGGAUGGUGUUGAUGUGCUGUCAGUGUCAUUGUCUAAUAAUGCGACGACUUAUUACAGCGACCCCAUUGCUCUUGGUGCUUUCGCUGCUAUUGAGAAAGGAAUUCUCGUGUCGUGUUCAGCUGGGAAUGCUGGUCCUUGGGAAUCAACGGUUGUGAACACUGCUCCUUGGGUCAUUACUGUUGGUGCUGCAACUCUUGACAGAGAUUUUCCAGCUACCGUCACUCUUGGUAAUGGCCAAAAACUUCAAGGCGUGUCGUUGUAUAGUGGAAAAAUAGAAAUGGAAAAUAAGUUGCUGACCUUAGUUUACCCACAAGGGGGGAACUCAUCUAGCAAUUUGUGCUUGCGCGGUUCGCUUGAUCCAAGCACGGUCAGUGGAAAAGUAGUGUUGUGUGACAGAGGGGCUAAUGAUAGAGUUGAGAAGGGACUAGUAGUGAAGGAAGCCGAUGGAGUAGGGAUGAUAUUAGCCAAUACACCCGAGACGGGUGAGGAGUUACUCGCGGAUAGCCACUUAUUGCCUGCUGUGGCUGUUGGGAGAAAAGUAGGGGAUGUAAUAAGAGAAUAUGUGAAAACAGAAAGCAAUCCAACGGUUGUUCUCAGCUUUGGUGGAACAGUGGUGAAAGUAAAACCAUCUCCUGUUGUGGUUACAUUUAGCUCAAGAGGUCCAAAUCCAAUUGCUCCCCAGAUAUUAAAGCCGGAUGUUAUUGGCCCUGGAGUGAACAUAUUAGCAGCUUGGCCUGAAACUGUAGGGCCCACUUCACUUGACGUCGAUACACGAAAGACUUCAUUCAAUAUCGUUUCUGGCACUUCCAUGUCUUGUCCUCAUGUUACCGGAGUUGCUGCAUUAGUAAAAGCUGUACAUCCAGAAUGGAGUCCAAGCGCUAUCAAGUCAGCAAUCAUGACAACUGCCUACACUCGAGAUAACACCAACUCCUCGUUUCGUGAUUCAGCACAAGACGGUACAUUUUCCAAUCCGUUCGCUCAUGGAUCAGGCCAUGUAAAUCCUCAGAAAGCACUCUCCCCGGGACUCAUAUACGAUAUUAGGAUUCAGGAUCAUAUCAAGUUCUUGUGCUCUUUGGACUACUCCAUGGAUGAAAUACAAUCCAUUGUAAAAAGACUCAACUUCACUUGUGCAAACAAGUUUGCAGAUGCUGGUCAGAUUAACUACCCCUCGUUUUCGGUCUUGUUUAGGAUAAAUUUAAAGCGGGUUGUUCGUUACACCCGAGAAGUGACCAAUGUUGGAGCUGCAGGGUCAGUGUAUGAAGUAGCCAUUGAUGCUCCUUCGUCGGUUACGGUGACCGUGAAGCCAGAAAAGCUUGUAUUCAAGAAAGUAGGAGAGAAGCUCCAUUAUACAGUGACAUUUGUGUCCAAGAAAGAUGUUAAACCAGGAAAUGCAUUUGGUUGGAUUUCUUGGAAAAAUGCUGAAAAUGAAGUGAGGAGUCCAGUUGCAUAUUCCUGGAUGACAUAGAUUGGAAACAUUCCUUUAAUUUUCCCGGUGUAAGAUUUGCCAGUAGGGUGUUCUUCCUCCUAACUGUACAACUAAUACAAGGGAUGGAUGCCAUAAAUAACUGUAUCUCUGUUUAGUGGAAAUGAAAUGUCUACUAACUUUAUCAGA